AUGGUUGGUGGGUCUGUAAAAGAUGUGCAGUCCAAGGGAGAGCUUGAUAACGUGAUCGGUCAGGGGGUACCAGUUAUCGUACACUUCUGGGCCGAUUGGUGUGAAGCUUCCAAGCAGAUGGAUCAAGUCUUUUCUCAUCUCUCCACCGAUUUCCCUCAUGCCCACUUCUUAAGGGUUGAAGCUGAAGAACAAGCAGAGAUUUCUGAGGCAUACUCAAUUUCUGCUGUGCCAUACUUUGUCUUCUUUAAGGUUGAAGCUGAAGAACAAGCAGAGAUUUCUGAGGCAUACUCAAUUUCUGCUGUGCCAUACUUUGUCUUCUUUAAGGAUGGAAAGCCUGUCGAUACAUUGGAGGGUGCUGAUCCAGCUAAUUUGGCCAACAAAGUUGCUAAAGUUGUUGGGUCGAUCAAACCCGGGGAACCUGCAGCUCCUGCUAGUCUAGGGAUGGCUGCAGGACCCACUGUUCUUGAAACAGUCCAGGAAUUUGCUAAGGAAAAUGGUUCGUCUCAAGUGGAAAAUCAAUUGACUUCUGGACAGGGCGAUGGACUCGAAAAACGACUGCAGCAGCUUGUUGGUUCUCACCCAGUCAUACUUUUCAUGAAGGGAAGCCCAGAAGAACCCAAAUGUGGGUUUAGCCAAAAAGUUGUUGGAAUUUUGAAAGAAGAAAAGGUCAAAUUUGGGAGCUUCGAUAUUCUGACAGACAGUGAAGUUCGUGAAGGUUUGAAGAGGUUCUCCAACUGGCCCACGUUUCCUCAACUCUAUUGCAAAGGUGAGCUUCUUGGCGGGUGUGAUAUCGCAAUUGCUAUGCAUAAGAGUGGUGAGCUAAAAGAAGUUUUUAGGGAUCAUGGGAUAGAAAUCUCUGAUUCCAGUGUGGCAAAAGGGACUGAAAUUGGUGGGGGGAAGGGUGGCAUCUCCGAGCCUUCUGGCUUGAGUGCAACUGUUGCCUCCCGAAUUGAAGGUCUGAUCAAUUCAAGCCCAGUUAUACUGUUUAUGAAGGGAAAACCUGAUGAACCCAAAUGUGGGUUCAGCCGGAAGGUAGUUGAUAUUCUUCGAGAAGAGAAAGUGGAUUUCGAGAGUUUUGACAUUCUGACUGAUGAUGAAGUCCGACAAGGGCUCAAAGUGUACUCAAACUGGUCCAGUUAUCCACAGCUAUACAUAAAAGGUGAACUUCUUGGUGGAUCAGAUAUUGUGUUGGAAAUGCAGAAGACUGGAGAACUUAAAAAUGUCUUAUCUGAGAAAGGGAUCACUCAGGGAGAGUCUCUCGAAGAUCGCUUGAAGAAACUGAUCAAUUCUUCACCUGUAAUGCUAUUCAUGAAGGGUACCCCUGAUGCUCCAAGAUGUGGUUUCAGCUCCAAGGUGGUAAAUGCCUUAAAGGAGGAGGGGGUAGGGUUCGGGUCGUUCGAUAUUUUAAGUGAUGAGGAAGUGAGGCAAGGGCUGAAGACCUUCUCAAACUGGCCUACCUUCCCACAGCUCUAUUACAAUGGUGAGUUGAUAGGAGGCUGUGACAUAGUAUUGGAGCUACGAAACAAUGGCGAGCUCAAGUCUACCCUCUCUGAUUAG